CUGAGAUUCAGAGGAGAAGGGACAAAAAAGCGCGCGCACAAACACACACAUAUACACAUACACACACCAUCACACACCACAGGUUAAAACAUGACUGCUUCAUCCAUGACGCACAACCUGGGGAAACAUCCUAGCGCAAAGGAGGAAAGAAAGCUCAGAAAGCCGCUCAUUGAGAGAAAGCGGCGGGAGAGGAUAAACAACUGUUUGGAUCAGCUCAAAGAAACCGUGAUCGGAGCGUUCAGGCUGGACCAAUCCAAACUAGAGAAAGCGGAUAUUUUGGAGAUGACGGUGAAACAUCUGCAGAACAUCCAGAACAACAAAGUUAACGACCCCACGUUAGGCCUCGAGGCCCAGCAGAGAUACAGCACGGGCUACAUCCAGUGCAUGCACGAGGUUCACAACAUGCUCCUGACCUGUGAUUGGAUGGACAAAACUCUGGGCUCCCGUCUGCUCAACCACCUCCUCAAGUCUCUGCCUAGGUCCACCGAUGAGCGCCCCCUCACCCUGCCCACACCCAGACUCGAUGCUGCUCUUCCAGCCACCCAAGCCGUCCCAGGGUCCCCCCUCAGAGUAGAGCAGUUCCAGAGAGAGGCUGGACCUCAGGAAAGGCCAGCACUCCACAGUUCCCACCUGGGGACGCUUGAGAUGUGGAGGCCCUGGUGAACUGCUGGAUUGAUGAUCUUGGUUGUCCAUUCCGUUAGACCAUCCUCUGUUAUGUAUCUUAUAGAUAUGCUGCUCAGAAGACAAACAUGUGGGGCGGUUUUUGUUCCAGUGAUUAUUAUUGUAGGUGUGCUAUAAUGAUUCUAUACAGACCUUUUCUCAGUACUUCCCUUCAGAAGUUGACCUCUUGUAGCCUGCAUUAUAGAAGGCUCUUAUUAAUCUUUCGUCUAUUUAUUGUAUUAACAGCUUUAUUUAUUGUUAUUAUAAGGCAUGACUUUGCUUCUUAGACCACCUGCUUGGCCUUUGCAUAGAUUCCUCCCUUGCUGUACUAUUAACCUAAACAUUAUUAAUAAUAAAACUUAUUUUGCACUCA